CUUAUAUAUGUAUGUCAGUCCCACCCAUCUCUCCCACUCUCACUCUCCAAUUAUCCAAGAAAACCAAAACAGCAACAAUGGCACCUUCCCUCAAUUCAAAUCCCCUUGUUCUGCAAAUCUUGCUUCUAACUUUGUUCAUUCUUGGAACCAGAUUACAUGCAAGUGACCCUGUUCUAAAAUUGGAUUAUUAUGCAUCUACUUGUCCAACUCUGUUCGAAAUCAUCAAGAAAGAAAUGGAAUGUGCAGUGCUAGCUGAUCCACGUAACGCGGCCUUAAUACUUCGAUUACAUUUCCACGAUUGUUUUGUUCAGGGAUGUGAUGGGUCAAUAUUGCUGGAUGACACAAUCACACUACAAGGAGAGAAGAAAGCUUCCCCCAACAUAAACUCUAUGAAAGGUUUCAGAAUUAUUGAUAGUAUAAAGAACAAGCUUGAAUCAGAGUGCCCCGGAAUCGUUUCUUGUGCAGAUAUUCUCACCACUGCUGCAAGAGAUGCAGUCAUUCUGGUUGGUGGACCAUAUUGGGAAGUUCCUCUGGGAAGAAAGGAUUCUAUAACUGCAAAUUAUGCAUUGGCAAACACAAAUAUUCCAACAGCAGAUGAGGGCUUGAUCUCUAUCAUUUCUAAGUUUCUUUAUCAAGGCCUCUCAGUUACAGAUGUGGUGGCUCUAUCAGGGGCACACACUAUAGGCAUGGCACGCUGCACCAAUUUCCGAUCAAGGAUUUAUGGAGACUUUGAAGCAACUUCAGGACAUGAUCCAAUCUCUGAGUCACACCUCAGCAGCUUGAAAUCUAUCUGCCCACCCAAUGGGGGUGGGGACAAUAAUAUCACGGCCAUGGACUAUGAUACUCCUAACCUUUUUGACAAUUCAUUCUACCAAAUACUAUUGAAAGGUGAGGGACUACUUAACUCAGAUCAAGAAAUGUAUUCAAGCUUGUUUGGAAUUGAAACAAAGGAACUUGUGAAGAAGUAUGCAGCAGAUACAGUUGCUUUCUUCCAGCAAUUCUCGGAUUCGAUGGUGAAAUUGGGAAAUAUUAUAAACUCGGAUAGCUUUGUCACGGGAGAAGUUAGAAGGAAUUGCAGAUUUGUGAACACAUGAGCUGCAACUCUGAAUUGAUGAAAGAUGGAGUUGAUAAUUUUAUAUGUUUGUUAUAUCAAAAAAGUGAAAGCAUUUAACAAAAAAGUUUCACUUUUAGUUGGAAA